UCAAGCUCCCAACUCUAGUGAUCACAAAAGCCAUUCCUACACAUAUUUCUUUAUCUUCUCGAUACUCCAUUAUGGCCUCUGCAGUGAUGAAGCUUGCUUUGGUUGCUCUCAUUUGCAUUGUGGUAGCCGUCCCCGUCGCCCAAGCCAUCACUUGCGGCCAAGUGACCCAAAACGUGGCACCCUGCUUCAACUACGUCAAGAGUGGUGGCGCUGUCCCUGCCGCUUGCUGCAACGGAAUUCGCAGCCUCAACAGCGCGGCCAAGACCACCGCUGACCGCAAGCAAACUUGCAAUUGCCUGAAGAGUGCAGCUGGAAGCAUCAAGGGACUUAACGCUAACCUCGCCGCCGGUCUUCCCGGCAAGUGUGGUGUCAACGUUCCCUACAAGAUCAGCACCUCCACCAACUGCAACAAUGUGAAAUGAAGAGCUUGACGAGAAGUCAUUUUUCGGCCGCAGAGAUCAUAUUAUUAUUAACGUGAGAAUAAAGUUGUGGGUGUUUAUGAGAUCCACUUGGGAUUCCUCAUGAAGGAAUCCUUAAGUUAUCGUUCUGUAUGUCAUCUCCUAGGUCACAAUCUAUGUAGCUCGUCUAUUUAGAAAUUAAUAAUAGUACUUAAAUUUCAAACUGUUGUUGCCGAGCUCUGUCGUUUUCUUCUCCUAUGCUUCCUUCAUCACUUGCAACCUUCCAGCCCCUCCCUCUAUCAUUCAUAUUGAGCAGAAUUGGGGGGAAAUAAAGAUCGAGGAACUGUUGAGCUCUAUAUAAGAUUAUAAUCUUGCUUAUUGCCAAUAAACUCGCAAUCUCACAAGUCGGAAAUGGUUUAUCACCGAUUAGGUGUGAUUAAGCAGAUGAAAUAUAAUAUACCUAAAGAUUGUCCUAAAUAUGGGAUUGAGUGUAGGAAUGAUCCAUGAAUAUAUGAAAGAUUGUUAAUAUU